AUGCACGUCGAGCAGCUGCGGAACAAGAAGGCUGAAGCACAAAAUCGUUUGCUAUCGAGAAAGCGCAAAUUGUCCGAACUCUUCUCCAUCACCGCGUAUCAAUUAACCCUCGACGAGCCACACUACAAACAGCAACUACAGGCUUUCCAUGAUGCAAAUGAUCUGGAACGAGGUCGAUCGUUCGACGAGUCGACUCUUCCAUCUCGAUUGCCCAUAGUAGUUCAGACACGCCGAACCAAACCCUCACAACCGACCUCCACGAUACUGCGGCCUGAUGAAAACCUCACACAACCAUUGAAGACUAUAAAACCCGACGCGUCGCCAUCUCCUCUUCCGACUUCUUCAACCAAACCACUUUCUCCCAACCACGAACGUCCGCCGCAGGCUACUAGUGAUGAAGAACGUGAUAGAAACCGCCUAUUUGAGCUUGAAAACUCAAAUGACAAACCAGAUGUCAAGAAAGUGAUUCCCACGGGCUCAGUUGCGCUUGAUGUUGAGCCAGGUUCUACUCCGAAGGAAUCAACUCCAAGUCUCCCUCCAGGUCCCCAAGCCAAUUUGGCGAAGCAAGCCACGGCAAAUGAGAGCCCAGGAGGCAUUGUGGGUGGGGCUUUAUCUCCUCAGAGGAAUGCCUUGGUGGGAAUAGACGCCGUCGCCUUAAGUCUUAAUGGAAGUGAGAAUGUAUCGGCACCAGCAGCGUCCGCCCUAGAUACCCAUUCAUCACCAGCUUCAACAAACGGGAUAGACUCUUCGAACACUCCCGCCCCGACUGCUGGCUCGCCAGGCACAAGUCCCGGUGUGGAUGUAUCGCGGGUUCCGCAAGACUCUGUCGAAUUGACAAAACCAUCAACCGAACCCCAUACUGAUUCAAUACCCAACGAUGAACCCGCGAAGUUGAACCUGGAUCAAGUAAGUCGACGUUCAGAGCAGUCUGAAGAUGUUGAAGUGGCUGGAGCCCAAACUUCCGACUCAAGCACGGUUCCGUCACUACAUCUCGCCCAGCAUCCUCAAAUGUCGACCUUAUCAACCUCUACCAAACCAGACAUGCGCAUCGACACACAGACAGGCAUAGAUUCAUACUUUAAAACAGCCUCAAGUACCGGCAUGGUUGAGAGCCCGGCACCAAUCUCCACCGCUGCCACUCCAAAACGACCCGUGGCAACAGCACCCUCUGCACAAGAACUUCCAAAGCGAGCGACAAGAAUUUCAUCUGGCGUGCUUCAGAAGAAAUCAGUUUCCGAGAUACUGGGAGAGGUACCUAAGCCGACGACACCACAAGCAGAGUCCCCAGCAUCCCCGUCCACAUCUUUUCCAGGGCAAGUACUAGAUCGUGAUCGCCGAGAGAGGGAAAGAAGUCGACUUUCAACUGUCGUCUUCGCGAAACCACAAAAGCCACUAACUAGCGAGCCCAACUUCGAAUUAGCCAGAGUGGAAGACGGUCUUGAUCAGACAGCAAAUCCGGGAGAGAGGGACUAUCUUUACACACUUUUCGAAAACAAGGCACAUUCGAUGUCUCGGCAAACCUCAAUGUCCUAUUUAAUUCAGAACGCCCACAAGACAUUAUCCACUUCCGAUCAUCUGAUUGAGUACGAAUUAUCGGCAGAAUGCAGGAUUUUGAAGCGACUCUAUCAACUACAAGAGAAGCAACGUUGGGCGCUGCGGCAAUAUAAGCGAGCCGAUGAAGCUGUGAGGCCGACAUCGCAUUGGGAUUUUCUGCUCGAUCACGUAAAAUGGCUCAGGACAGAUUUUCGAGAAGAACGAAAAUGGAAAAUGGCAGCAGCUAAGGAUCUGGCCGAAUGCUGCGCGGAGUGGAAAGCCAGCUCCAAAGAAGAACAGAAGCGUCUACAGGUGAGAACAAAACCACCGAAAUUCCUGCCAAUUCAACCGGAAGAACAGGAUGUCGCCAUGGAAGAUGGUGCAGGUCAGACUAUUUCAUCCCAACCAACCCCUGAUUUAAUGCCUUCGAAUGAAGACGACUCCAUGAGCGAUGAUAUUGCCGAUCCUCGAGAGCCAUACUCCUCAACCUUUCCUGCGGCAAUAUUCUCCCUGGGUCCUUCCGAAUUCGCCUUUGCUGUUGACAAGACACCGGCAUUUGACAGGCUCUUGAGUGAGCUACCUCUGUACGAGCCUACACCUGUCGAGCCUGACCUGUCCAAGUCAAAUCUUGCGGAACGACUGGACUCCAAAUGGAGAACAGAUAUUGUUCCAGUGUCGCGGUGGGCAACGGAAAAAUUACCAGUCAGAGAUUACAAGCCUUUAAAGAAACGAAGUCGGUACGAAUACCAGCUCGAGCCUUCAACAAAGAAAAAGUCCUCAAUCUUACCUCCAGAAGAGAAUAACGUCGCAUUAUUCAUGCCUGAGAAUAAGACCAUUAGGGACAGAAUACAUCCUGGGCAUUCUUUCCGACCUCCCUCAGAGCACCCAAUGCCAAGCCAGGCAUUUUUUGAGACAAGAUCGUCGUCACAAUGGACCCAUACUGAGGAUGAUGAGCUCAAGAAGCUGGUCAAAGACUAUUCAUACAACUGGUCGCUCAUUUCCAGUUGUCUACACCCUCGAACCUCUUACACCUCAGGCGCCGAUCGUAGAACGCCAUGGGAAUGCUUUGAGAGAUGGAUUGGACUCGAAGGAUUACCAGCGGACAUGUCCAAAACUGCCUAUUUCAAGACCUAUUCAGGAAGAAUCGAAGCCGCUGGAAGACACGUUGCUGCGCAAAUCGAGGAGGCGCAACGCAGAGCUGGUGCGAAUGUUCAAAUCUCAAACCGGAAACGAACCACACAGCCAGUACGCGUUGAGCGUAAGAGAACUCAGCGUCACUUGGCCAUGUUGGAUGCCAUGCGGAAGCUCGCCAAGAAACGCGAAACAGCCAUUCAGAAGCAACAACAUCAAGCCGACUUGGCUGCAAUGCGCAAAGUCAACGAUGCAAAUGUGCCUAAGCCUUCGUACAAGACCCCUGCUGAAUUCUCCCAGCUUAAACAAGAGCGUGAACAGAAGAUGGCUGAACGACAAGAGAUCUACCGACAACAACUCAUCGCCCAUCAGCGGGCUACCGCGCAGCAACAACGUGGACAAAAUGCUCAACCGAACGGUAUGCCGAAUGCUAUGCCUCAAGCUGCCAUGGGCAUGCGUGGUGGUGGCCCACCUUCCGCUGGAGGCAUGCCAGGGAUGCCAAAUGGAAAUUUGCAGGUUCCCAACGGACAACCACGCCCUCAUCCGGGCAUUAUGGCGAUGCAAAACAACAUGCAAAUGCCACCAGGCAUGAUGGGGCCAAAGGGUAUGACACCUCAGAUGCAGGCUCAAAUGCAAGCUGCUCAGAUGCAAGCCCGUGGGCAAGCAACAUCGCCACAACAAAUGCGUAUAUUGCAAGAAGCACAGAGGGUUCAGCAGGAACAGCUGAUGAGGCAGGCACAGCAGGCUCAAAAUGGUGCCCAUUCCUCGCCGAACAACCCACAUGCUACCCUUGCCAAUGGGAAGGGAAUGAACAACCCCGCCUACAUGGUAGCAAUGGGCGGUGCAAAUGGCGUCCCGUCACCAUCCGGUCAUAUGAAUGGAAAUUCUGCCUCGCCGCGGCCUCCUUCCUCUGGUCAAGCAUUGUCUAGUGGGCACAUUCCUGUGCUGACCCAGGUUGCGAACAAGAUUCGUGAACACCAUCCAAAUCUCCCAGAAGAGGAUAUUCAACGCCUUGCUUCUCAGCAGAUUUCUUCUUAUCAACAACAAGCCACCGCUGCCGCCGCAGGUCAAACCAUCAAACGCCCGCCGCAUAACCAGGCCGCUUUGAACGCCGCUAUUGGGGCAGUCAACGCUGGGAACCAUGCUUCUAAUGCUGCCGCAGCCGCGGCCGCUGCUGCGCAGUAUGGCCAUCCUGGCAUGAUGACCAAUGAGCAAGUCCAGCAAUAUAAUCAACGUAUGAGGAUGCAGCAGGCCCAACAAAACGCAGCUAGAGGCAUGCAAGGACAGAUUCAAGGGCAGAUGCAACCUGGAAUGAUGGGUGGAAUGACUAAUGGGAUGUCGAAUUCACCAGUAAUGAACUUGGCUCGGCCUGUGAGCCAACAUACCAAUCAGGGCCAGAUGAGUCGAAGUGCGACACCCAGGGACCAAAGGUCUGGGAGCCAAAGCAAUCCCAAUGGGAAUGUGAACGGGAAUGGAGCAGCCCCACAAAGUAGUCCUCGACCAGCACAGCCAACGAUGCAGGCAUGA